AUGGCGUCUCGCGUGAUGUCCGCGCCGCUGCGCCGGAUAUCGGCGAAGGCGACGUCGACCAUUGGCGUCCGGUACAGCUCCCACAGCAGCUCGACCUCUGCCAUUGCCUAUAAGGCCAUCCGUCGCCGCCAUGCGCCUCUCCCCGCUGCCGACGCCCCUCCUGCCUGGUCGUCCGCCCAGGCCGCUGUUUCCAACAUCCUCUACGAGACUCCUUCCCCCUCGCUCGCCCCUCCCAAGCGUCACAUCCUGAACUGCUUGGUCCAGAACGAGCCCGGUGUGCUUUCGCGCGUCUCCGGUAUUCUGGCUGCUAGAGGUUUCAACAUCGACUCGCUCGUUGUCUGCAACACCGAGGUUGAUGACCUCUCCCGCAUGACCAUUGUCCUGACCGGUCAGGACGGUGUCGUCGAGCAGGCCCGCAGGCAGUUGGAGGACUUGGUCCCCGUCUGGGCCGUUCUCGACUACAGCAAGGCUGCUCUCGUCCAGCGUGAGCUUCUCCUGGCCAAGAUCAACAUUCUCGGCCCCGAGUACUUCGAGGAGCUCCUCGCUCACCACCGCGAGAUCACCGCCGAGGCCUCUGAUAACGCCGAUGCCGGCAAGCUCGAGAAUGGCAGCGAGCCCAGCCUGGAGGACUCCGCCAAGGACUUCCACCCCAGCCGUCUGGUUGUCAGUGAGGCGCUGAGGCACAAGCAUGAGCAUCUCAAGAGCAUCACAUACUUCACCCACCAGUUCGGCGGCAAGGUAUUGGAUAUUAGCACUAACAGCUGCAUUGUCGAAGUCUCCGCCAAGCCCGUCAGGAUCGACUCCUUCCUCAAGCUCAUUGCCCCCUUCGGCAUUCUUGAGUCCGCCCGUACCGGUCUCAUGGCCCUUCCCCGCUCUCCUCUGUACGAGCACGGCGAAGAGACCCAUGUGAAGGAGGCCGAUGACGUUGUCGAUGCCAGCCAGCUUCCCCCUGGUUAA